ACCGGUAUAACCAAAAAAAAAAAAUCAAAUCGUAAGUUUGAAACAAUAAACCAAACUAAUGCUUUUCAAGUUAAUUGUUUACCCUUUGCCCUCCCAUAGUCCUGUUAACGUCUGCGCUGAUUCGCUGCACUUCGCCCCCCUCUCACUCCUCCAUUGAAUUGCACUUUCUCUCUUCUCUUGAAGCUGCUUAUGAGACGUCUGGGCCAGGUUUGGACUGUUUCGUGGACCUAAAUUCGCAGUCUCAUUACGGCUCGUUAGCCAGACUGUGCAAACUUUUCUUCAGCUAUUACUCUGGAAAAAUUAAUUCCUUGGAGCAAUCAUUUCAAGACAUGGCAUUAAUUAAGCAUAAGAAUUGGUGUAAAAUCUUGAGUGGAAUGUUGAUAGCUAAUGUAGAGACUAAUGUGAUGGGAAGAAGAUGGUAUGCUAAUAAUACAAAGAUUGACUGGAAUAAGCUGAGGCCAAUGAUAAAGCAGAGGAUAGAAAACAGGUCUAGUGGAUAUCCAAUCCGAUCCAUGAUUCCUAUUGCAGAAGAAGUUCUUCAAGCUCGAUCUGCCGUCAUCUGCGGUGUCUCUGCACUCCUCAAGGUGUUGCCAGUACGAGCCUGCAAGUACUGUCCGGAAGUAUAUGUUGGUGAGACAGGUCACCUUAUUCGUUCGUGCCAUGGCCACAGACGAUUGAACAAGAAUCAGGCUCAUCAAUGGAUCAGGGCAAGUUUAAAUGAUAUACUUGUCCCCGUGGAGACAUUCCAUCUCGAUAACAUGGUCCAAGAUGUGAUCAAGCACCAGCAAAGAUUUGAUUUUGAUCGUGUUCCUGCUGUUGUUGAACUGUGCUGUCAGGCAGGAGCUAUUCCUCAUGAUUUGGAUAUUCAAUCUUUGAACUCUUUGUCUGACCCUAAUGUAGAUCUUGAUUUGAGCGGACCUGAUUCCUUGUCUGCAGAUCAACUGAAAGCCAUAGGAAAUCGAACAUUAAGCGCAUGGGAAAUUCUUAGACAUGGUGUGCAAAAGCUCUUGUUAGUCUAUUCAGCUAAGGUCUGCAAAUACUGUUCAGAAGUUCAUGUGGGGCCAUCAGGCCAUAAGGCCCGACUUUGUGGAGUAUUCAAGUAUCAGAAUUGGCGAGGUAAUCAUUUCUGGGAAAAGGCAGGUGUAGAUGAUUUGGUACCACCUAAAAUGGUGUGGUUUCGUCGGCCUCAAGACCCUCCAGCACUUUUGCAUGAAGACCGCAAUUAUUAUGGACACGCACCUGCUGUAAUAGAUCUCUGCAUGAAGGCUGGUGCUGUGCCACCCCCCAAGUAUUUGUGUAUGAUGAAAGCUCAAGGUUUAAAAGGGCCGCCUCCACAUAGGGCUUCUGGCUAAAUGCACAUCUUUAACUGCUCUUGGCUUUGCAUUCACUUGCCAUUGUCUAUGGUUUUUGAGCUCAAGCAAAUUCUGUUUUAGCACGAUCUUACAUCCCCAAAGAAGCUUUUGACAGUCUGGUACAGUGGUGCACUGGUGCCAAGUGUGUAUUACUCCUCGGCUCAUACAUCGCAACUAUAAGCCCGUGCAAGUCUCAAGAAAUUGUCAAGUGAAGAGAUUCCUUCAAGAAAUUGUUAAGUAAGCAGCUUCCAAAGGGUUGAUAGUUGGAUACUUGUCAGUUGUCAUUGUGCAUUGUAUUUAGUUAUGCUGACUAUCCUUUAAAACAAUAAGGUGCUGGAAAUAUCUCAUCAUGAUCUUAAUAAGACCGCGAUUUUUUAUUUAUUUAUUUAUUUAUGAUAAUGAGCAUAAUAAAAGGAACAGCGAGGCGCCUCUUUACAAGCAGGAACAUUAUGCCAAAUUUGGUUUACCAAUACCACCUACCAAUCUACCAUAUGGGUGCAAGACUUUGUUGAUAUUGUUACAAGCAGAUAUUCAUCCAUGUCUAAUGUGUCAGAUUACUCUCGCAGUCUCGCUAUCAUUUGGAUAUAAACUUGUGGUGAAAGGUUUGGUGCCGUAUGGAGCCUAUGAAACUGACCAAACUUGCAUGAUGUGGCCGUGUUUUGCACCAAAGCCUAAUUUGUAAAUACUAGUAUAAUUUCUCCUUCGACAAUUGGGAACUUACCCAUCAAACUAUGCAUUUUGGCAAUCUUAUACAAACCAAAUUGAGUACAAGCUACCAAUUCAUAUCUUCUUACCCACGUAUUUCCAUAAUUGCCAUGUUCUAAAGAACAAUGAGUGUAGAGAUACGGAGUAAACAGAUGAUAAUCUUCGUAAAAAAUGUGAAAGUAGUAGGUUGUCAAAAAAAAAAAAAAAAAAAAAAAA